AUGGUCCCUGGUGAACUGGGCAUAUGGAAAUACGCUUGGUAUCUCGUUUUCGUUUUAGUUGUAUAUUUCAUAGCUGAAAGACAUCGAGAUGGGACUGCCCAAUUAGAAGAUAACUUACACUACGAAACGCUUCAAGUUGAGCUGAUAGAACUAAAUGAAGAGAAGAAAAAUGCUUUGAUUGAGCUCGGUUUAACACCAAGAGAUCCACUAAAGAUUUUCAUGUCAAACGGAAAAGAGAAGACUUUGCAUGGACGUUUUUUGCACAUUACUGACAUUCAUCCGGAUCCUUUUUAUAAGAAGGGGACCAGUCACGAUAAGCUUUGUCAUCUGGGUAAGGGAGAUGCGGGAAAGUAUGGGGAUGCAAUUUUAGGAUGUGAUAGCCCGAUGAGUCUAAUGAAUGCAACAAUUGAAUGGAUAAAGGAAAAUUUGCAAGACAAAAUUGACUUUAUAAUCUGGACGGGGGAUAACGUUCGACAUGAUAACGACAGAAAGUAUCCUAGAACUGAAGAAAGCAUUUUCCAAAUGAAUGAGCUCUUGAGUGACAUAAUGUUUGAGACAUUUAAGAAUCAUGACCCUGCCAAUCCAAAAAACAUGAAAAUAGACUUGAUUCCUUCUUUGGGAAACAACGAUGUGUAUCCUCAUAAUAUGUUUGCUCCUGGCCCAACAUUACAAACUCGUGAAAUGUUUAGGAUUUGGAAAGACUACAUCCCACCUUCACAAUUACAUGUUUUCAAUAGAGGUGCAUAUUUCUUCCAAGAAGUUAUUCCUGAUCAAUUGGCUAUUUUAUCAAUUAAUACUUUGUAUCUAUAUCAAUCCAAUCCUUUAGCUGAUAAUUGUGACAAAAAAAAACAACCAGGCUAUAAGCUAUUCGAGUGGUUGGGCUACGUCUUAAAAGAAAUGAGGGUGAGGAAAAUGAAGGUGUGGUUGACUGGUCAUGUUCCGCCUAACGAAAAGAAUUACGACGUUUCAUGCUUACGAAAGUAUAUUGCUUGGACGCACGAGUAUAGAGAUGUCAUUGUUGGCGGCUUAUAUGGACAUAUGAAUUUGGAUCACUUUAUUCCUCUUGAUUCUGUGGCUGCCUACAAGUCGAUUAGACGUGACCUUGGUCCUGAAGUUGCUUUAGAUGAUCUCUUUGAAAAUGAAGAAAUGAUGAGUAUAAUGGAUGACACUGAGCCUUUAAAAGGUACUGAAUUUGGGUCUGAAAUAAGCAUAAAAGCGGGUAUACCAUAUAAUAAAGUUAGAUAUAUGGAUGGCCUUCGAGAAGACCUUUAUGCUGCAGUAAAGGGACGCAAAAAAAGUGGGAAAAUGAGUGAAAGAUAUUCAAUUGCCCAUGUAAGUGCUAGUGUCGUUCCAACUUUCAAUCCAGGCUUGAGAGUUUGGGAGUACAAUACUACUGACCUUGACUCACUUCUAAACAAAGAACAUAGGCUGUCCGAUUCUUGGGAAUCAUUCUUUGUGGGCCUUGAAAAAUUAAUGGAGACUUUCGAUAAAUAUGAUAUUGAGGAAGAAAAUAUUCAAGGGAAAAAAAAACUGAAUGCUAAAAAGAAAAAGAAAGACAAAGCUCUUCCUCCUAAGAUGCCUUCCAACUUACCUCUUGGGCCUGCUUAUUCUCCCCAGACAUUUACUCCUCUCCGUUAUGUUCAGUACUAUGCCGACUUAGAAAGUAUUAAUAACAAUAAGAAAAAAUUCAAAUACGAACUAGAGUAUUCCACUGACAAAGAAUAUGGGUUGAAAGAUUUAACUACAGAUCUGUGGAUCCAACUUGCCAGAAAGCUAGGAAAACCUGUUAAAAAUAAAAAGAAAUCUAAGUCCCAGAUCGGGACAGAGACGGGAAACAUGAAUGUUGAUAAGCUUGAAAAGAUGUGGAAAGCGUUUCUUAAACAUGCUUUUACUAGUAGUGGAUACGAGCUCAAAGGAUUUGGUUAA